AUACGUUACAAGUUGAAACAACACAAAACUUGUAAAAAUGGGAUUAAAUCAAGAAAUGCAGCACAACAUGAUGAUCAAAGAGAGAUUCUUAUCAAAAACUAAGUAUUUGGUCAAUGGAAGUCUAUUUUACAUCUAUUCUAAGAAAAUUCUUAAUUCCAAUAACAUUUAUUCGUGUAAUUUAUGUGGAGUAAGUGAAAUUGUUAAUGAGAAUGGCCUUUAUUUCCAUGAUGAAAGCAUUUUACAUCGAGAACUAUCUAAAUUAGAUAGUGUUCCUUACAAAAAAUGGAUGAAAGACUGUAUUGUUAUUGAAAAAUCAACAACAAGAGAGCCUAGAAAGAAGCUAAAGUUAGUGCCAACAGCAAUUGAAUUGAAUGAGAGUCAAAAUGAACUGAAAUGUUCAUCAAAUGACUGUAUAAACAUACAUGAUUCAGUUGAUAAAGGAAGUAAGAAGAAGCAUAUCCCGAAGAGUUAUAAGAACUUUUCGAUAAAAUACGAAUCAAGCAACUCGUCAGACAGUGACAAUGAAAAUACAAAAUAUCAAGCUUCGAAUCGUUUUAGAAGUUUUUCGGAAGGAGAUCAAACAUUACGAACAUUUUUGUCAAUGUGUCGGCAACUAACAUCUUUAGAAGACUUUCUAGACGAUGAUUUAAGAACAGAAGUUAAAUCUUUAUUCCUGAAAUCAAUUGAACUAGAAAGGAACUCAAUUGGAUCCUCAAAUACAUUGUUGACGAUGGAAACGCUUGAUUUCCUAUUCAGCAUCAAGGCAUCCUUAUCAAAGCGACUUGAUACAAUUCCUUUCAAGUUUUUGCGUUUUAUCAACUUAUUUUAUGAUGAUAUGCUGCAUUUUACUGAAAUAUUUGCCAUUAAAACCAAAAUGCUUAAGGUUUACAACAAUUCAAUCAGCAACAUCGCACGUAAGUAACAUUAAUCAGGAAGAUAAAACUUAUUAGCUAAAUAGUGUAAAAGUCUGAAUGAUGACUGCAUGCUAGUGCAUAUUUCAUAGGAAGGAAAUGGGAAAAUUUUAAUGUUAUUUUCAAUAUAUUCACAAUUAUUAUUAUAUAUCCUCAUUACUGUUAAAACAUCAUCGCCAAUUAGCGUUGGUGGUUCCUCAAAAAAUUUAUCAUAUUUUUUAAGAUCUUUCAUUAGCGGAUAGUCGUUGACGCACGCAUCACAUGAGCAUUUAAAUUGAAAAUCCUGUAAUAAAUUCAUUUGUCUUUUAUCGCGAUCACAUAGAGUAAAGUUAGAUCUGAAAGUUUAAAAGAGUAGCUAUGAGAAAUCAAUAAAUUAAUUAAAAUGUCAUUUAAGCUUACAAAUAUCCAACGAAAAGUUGCUGACCAGCUUCAAUUGGCUUCUUUGUAACAUAAACUUGCUUGUUGUCGAUGAAGAAUCUGUAGAGAUUUGG